AUGGCAGCCGACGAGCCGCGCUGGGAGAAGCCGCAGGCCGCGACGUUCGCGUGCAAGUUCGACGUCGUGCUGUCGCAGCCCCAGCGAGACCGCGCGCCGGUCCAGGACGCCGUGCAGGCGCUCCUCGUGGGCGAGGCCCACUUCGUGCGCGCCCUCGUCUCCGGGUCGACGGCGCUGUCGGCGUCCGCCGGCGAGGCGCUGGACAAGGCCAUCGGCGUCGCGGACGCGCAGCGCGCGGGCGGCGUCCACCGCGUGCCGCUCGUCGGCGGCCUUCUCGGCUGGGUCGUGGCGCCGCUCGCCGCGCGGCUGCCCUACGCGUCGGCCGCGCGGCGCCGCGAGGUCGACGAGGGCACGGCCUGCGCGGCGCUCCUGCGGCUCUACCGGGGCGCGCUGCGGUGCGCGAACGGCGCGCUCGUGACGGGCGCGCUGGACCUGCGGCGGUCCUACGUGCUGUUUCUCGGCGUGGGCAAGGACGACGGCGACCCGGAGGCCGUCGCGGCGGGCCUGGCGCGCUGGGGCCGGGGCGCCUUCGCCGCGUUCCUCGAGUUCGCGCCCGCGGCGGCGCGCGCGGCGUUCGCGGUGGCGACGGCGUCGCUCGCGGCGGUGACGGACGGCGACGAGGGCCUCCGCCAGCUCAACGCCGUGCACCGGAGCCCGCGGUCGCUGGCGCGGCGCCACGCCGCUUUAGGCGUCGCCCUCUUCCACGUGGCCAUGAGCCGGCGCCACGAGGACGCGGGCGAGGACGCGCUGCGGGACGCGUACCUGGACGAGGGCCUCCACGUGCUCCGGGACGAGCUCCGGCGCAUGCCGGACAACGCGGCGGCGCACUGGGCCGCGUCCCACGCCGUGCGGCGCAAGGGCGACCGCGCGUCGGCGCUCGCGCACCUCGGCGCCGUGUCGCGGCUCGCGGCCGCGGGCGUCGAGGGCGACGGCGACGGCGGGCGGCGGCCGAGCCUCGACGGGGGGGCGGGCCGCGUCGCGUACCGGCCGCGCCUCGACCACGCCAUGCUCCUCUGCGGCGACCUGCGCUUCGAGGAGGCGCGGACCGCGCUCGCGCCGCUCGUCGCGGCCGAGAGCGACUACGGCGCCAAGUGCAUGGCGCUGUCGUGGAUCGCCGCGGUGUGUAGUUGUCUGGACGACGUCGACGGCGCGAGGGACGCCUACGCCGCCCUGCUGAAACACCCGGACAAGGGCCGCGUCGACGCCGUCCUCGCGCGGCGCGCGCGGGUCGCGUCGACGCGGUCGAGCGCGAUGCUCGCCAAGCUCGCGCUGCCCGAGCUGCUGCUCAUGAUGGGGCACCUGGCGCACUACGCGCGGGACGACCCGCACCUGCUCGAUCUCCUCGAUCUGUAUCGCCCCGUGCAGCACGCCGCCGAGGCGCGCUACGAGCCGUCGAAGAAGAACGACCGGCCGCGCGAGGAGCUCGCGGCCGCGUGCCUCUGCGAGGGCGCGCUCCUCCAGUGCUGCCGCGUCGACGACGCGCGCUGCGAGGACCUGCUCGCGCGCGCGGCGGAGCUCGGGGACGCGCGGGGGCUCGAGGACCCCUUCCACCGGCCCUUCGCGCACUACGAGCUCGGGCUGCUGUAUCGCCGGACGGGCGACGAGGACCGCGCGGUCCGCCACCUCCGGAAGGCGCGCGACGCGGCGCCGGGCUUCUCCUUCGACAAGGCCCUGUCCAUGCGCGCCCAGUUCCCCCUCGAGGCCAUCCUCAAGGACCGGGAGCUCCGCGCCGCGUCGCCCCUCGACGCCGCGCCGCCCGCGCCGCGCCUCGCCGCGGCGCCGCCGGACGAGCCCGCGGACGCGCCGCCGGCCGACGGCGACGAGAAGGACGACGACGACGACGGCCUCGACAUCGACGAGGACGACGGCCGGGCCUACGCCUCCGCGGCCUGCAAGGCGGCGAAGCUGCCGGCCAAGGGCGCCGCGGCCGUGCUCCGCGAGCGGCUCCGGGACGCGGCGCCCGAGGAUGCGGCGCCGAAGGCGGUGGACGUCGCCGUCGCGGCGGGCGCGGCGGUGGACGUCGACGCCGCGGUCGCGGCCGACGACGACGACGCCGUCUUCGCCGCGCUCCUCGGCGACGCGGACGCGGGCGUCGCCGCCGCGGCGCCCGACGACGACGACGACGAUUUCUUCGCGGCGCUGCUCGCCGGCGGCGACGACGAGGACUACGUCGCGGCGGCGCUCGCGACGGCCGCGGACGCCGCCGUCGACGGCGUCGCGGACGCGCGGCGCGCGCUCUCGGCCGAGGCGCGGAGCGGCUCCGCGAGCCGCAUCCGCGCGGCCUGGGCGCGCUUCGCCGAUGCCUGCGAUGGGAGUGACGAGGCGCCGAGCGAGGGCGACGCGUGCCUCGCGCUGCGGCCCUACGGCGCGAGCGGCGCGUGCGACGAGGCCCGGGCCGUGCUCGAGGACGUCGAGCGCCUGGGCCGUAACGGGACGGCGCGCGAGUGGCAUUUAGCGUUGGAGGCCUUCUCGCGCGCGAAGCGGCCCGCCGACGCGGACCGGUUCCUGGGCGCCGCGCGGCUCCGGGGCGCGUUCCCGGCGCGGCCCGACGGCCGGCUCUAUCGGCAGGUGCUCAAGCACUGCGUCGGCGCGGCGAACUGGCGGCGGGCGCUCCACGUGCUCGAGGACAUGGAGGCGCAGAAGGUCGACGACGAGGAUCUGUCCGUGGACGCGCGGGACUGGAAUUUGGGAGUGUUCGCGGCGGAGCGGUUGGCCGUCGACGGCGCGAAGCGGGCCGCGACGAGGCGCGGGGCCAAGCGGGCGGUCAAGGAGGGCGACGCCGCGGCGCCGGGGCGCAUCCUCGCGGCCAUGGCGGCCCACGGCCACGCGCCGGAGCUCAAGGCCCUCGGCGCGGCCGUGAACGCGGCGCGGCACGCCGCGCGGCCGGAUCUCGCGCUCGCGCGGCUGUCGGAGCUCCGCGCGGCGGCGGCGGGGUCGACGCCGGCGCCCUGGGAGCCGGACUACCGCGCGGACGGAGUGGUCGCCGCUUUGGACGCCGUGAAGCGGGCCGCGGCGGCGCUCGACGGCGACGCGAGGGCGAGCGAGGCGACGCGCGACUCCUACGCGGCCGCGGCCGUCGCCGUGCUCGAGCAGUUCGCGCGCGACGACGACGGCGGCGAGGGCCCCGCGCGGCGCGCGGAUAGCCGCGGGUCCGACGCGCGCGCGGCGGCGUUCGAGCGCGCGUACGUGACGGCCGCGGCGGCGUGCGCGCGCGCGAGGCGGCCCGACGGCGCGCACGCGGCGAUGAUGGUCUGCAAGCGGCGCGCGGCCCAGGGCACGGGCGACUGGCCGUCGAUCCAGCUCUACAACGCGGUGCUCGACGCGUACGAGGCCGCGGGGAGAGGCGACGCCGCGAUCGCGCUGCUGGACCAGCUCCAGGCCGACGGCGUGCCCGUCGACGCCGUGACCUACAACAUCUGCCUGCGGGUCUGCGCCAAGGCCGGGGACCUGACCAAGGCGACGUCGCUCCUCGACGAGAUGUCCAGGGAGGUCGACGAGGCCGCGCGGCCCGACGUCUUCUCCUACACGACGGUCAUCCGCGCGUGCUGCGCGCCCGCGCGCGGCGGCCGCCGGCGGCGGCACACCCGCGACGACGGCGAGGGCACGGCGGCGGCGGCGCUCGACGUGCUCGACCGCUGCGUCGCCGACGCGCGCGUCGACCCGAACGAGGUCACGUUCCGCACCGCGCUCCGCGCGUGCGUCGGCCACCCGGACGACGACCCGCCGCCCUUCGCGCGCGCCAUCCUCGGCCUCGACGUCCUCGCGCGCAUGAACCGCGCGGGCUACCGCCGGAGCGACCUCGACGGCGCGACGCUCGGCCGCCUCGCCAAGGCCGCCGUCUCCGCGCGGUCCACGGACACGCUCCACGACGACCGCUACUUCGCCGCGCGCGCCUUCGACCUCCUGCCCGCGGAGUAA